AUGGAGGAUCAGGAUCGUUAUACUUGCACGGCGAAAAAUGCAUUUGGUCAUCAGGACAAAACCAUUGUCUUAUUAGUUACUGGACUUGUGAGUCCAGUGCUUGGACACGUUUCACCAGAGGAGCAGCUGAUCCAGGGCGAAGAGCUUCGAUUGUCCUGUGUUGUUGUGUUGGGCACACCCAAACCUACCCUCAGGUGGUAUAAAGACGGUGUACCGUUACGGUCGUCCGCCUAUGUUACGGGAAGUGCUGAGAACUUUUUCAGUAAUAAAGAUUAUCGUAGUAUUGUAAUCACUGUGAUCAUGUUAUAUGGUUACAGUAUCAGAGUAGUUAUGAUUUAA